AUAAAAGACUUACCUGGGGUCCUCACCUCAAAUCCAAAAGAAAGUCACUAAAUUCUAGAUCUCACUUAUUACGUCCAGUAUUAAAGUCCAAACUUCCUCUCCACAACAAAAUACUUUUAUUUAAAACAAUGUUAAGACUUAUCUGGUCGUAUGAAGCCCAAAUAUGGGGUUGUGCUAAGCCUUCGCAAUUAAAAACAAUCGAAGCUUUUCAAUCGAUUUCUCUUCGUAUAAUCACGUCCGCUCCUUGGUAUGUUUCCAAUCUUACCCUUCACAAAGACCUAAACAUAGAAUCAGUUGUUAAUCUUGUUAAAACAUACUACAAAAAGUUCAACUCAAAAUUACUUCUCCAUUCCAACCCACUAAUCGCGAAUCAACACACGGUCACAAUCCCCAAAAAUCCCCCUCGUCAUCUAAAAAGACGUUGGUGUCUUGGCAGAAAUGCCGGAAAAAAUAGGGGAAAUCAUAGGGUCCUAUCACUGGAUAGCUUCCCUUCUCAUUAUCCUUUCCCGUCAUAA